AUGGGUGCAGUUACACCACCACAUGAAUACCCACAAAUCAACAGCAAACCGACCACUCCAGCAUUGGAGUUGGGUCAGAAACCACAGGACAUCUACUACUAUCCUCCAGAAAUUGCAAAUGACCUCAAAGGGGUACCUCUGUCAGAUGAGAUCAAAGCAGAGUGUUUUGCCUGUGCUUGGGAAUACACAAGAUGCGUCAUUCCUCAAUAUACCAACUGGAACCGCUAUUUGGCGUUCAUGAGAACCAUUAUUAUCGGCAUCAUUGCUGAAUUCAAGGGCCAUAUGGUGGAUGUGUCGGCCGGAGACGACAUUCUGGGUUUCAACCUCCAGGAAGUAUUAGACGGAUUGUUCAAGGGAACAGUUGGCCACGAACUAAUGUGUCGCGAAUACCGGACUUUCCUCCUGAUCACGUCUAAGAAGACAAGCGAGAAACGCAACGGCGAACUGUUUCGUCGAUACGUCAACUCUCUCGCAAACUCUCCAAAGGGGUGGUUCCGCAUGCGAGACUGUGAUGCGCUGGCCCGGUUCACCAUUGCCUCUGCACUUGCAUGCAAUGACUUGGAUGACGCUUGGUUCACAGAGGAUCAAUUUCAGGUCUUGACAGAGAUGGGCGACGUGCUCUAUGACGCCGUGGCCUUCUACAAACAUAGAUCAGAGGGCGAAACUAACACUACCUUUGCCUACAUGCCUCCUGACCUCCGCCUCAAGGCAUUCCAUACUGCACGUGAAAUACUUUGGGCGCUUGACGUGGCUUGGCGCUGCAAGGACUACCACGCCAGUGUCACCAACUUCACUCGCUUCUUCGGUGGUCCAAUCCACAUGAUGAUGCGCCGCUACCGCUUUGUCGAGGAGAAUCUGACUAUCGGUUCUCCUGAGGAUGAGGGCGUCGUCGACCAAACCCGUCACAACUUCAAGCUUUGGAAUCGUCUCGAUGCCCAGGCUCAAGCACGUUCCAGGAUUAAUGAUAAGGAAAUCGCUCGCUACAAGGCGAUUCUUGCUCAAAGCGAAAGGCUUAUGUUCCCUGGGCUGGCAGAGUUCCUCGAGUCGGCGGGUGAUGGCGCAUGUGAUAGGUGCCUGUACCGGGACUCGUACGGCGCCGAGAAGACCCAUCAAUUUGGAGGUGUUCAGCUGUGUAAUGGCUGUCAGGGCACCUGGAGAGCCUGGCCAUCUGGGCCGAGGCCAAAAGACUGA